CAACCACCCGCGACGGCGUCGAUUCUCCUCCCGCCUUCAAAUUCGUCGUGCUCUUCACACCCCCAUCGCCAUUUGGCCCUCCCCACCGGAUUCGUUCUUUUUCUGCUGCUUUCUGUUCGCAUUUCUUGGAUGAAUUGUAUGUCGUACUCGCUGUCUCAUAUCUAAGCACAUUAUCUGUUGUUAUCCUAUAUCAUGGGCCUCCCGAUGUACCGUGAAGCCUCUUCGGCUGCGCCCAAGAGUACUCUCAAGCGCGACCCCUCUGCGCAUGCGCGCUCGUCCAUUCGCCGCAGAGGAGCCGUGAGACAUGUGUUCCCCAGCUUCUCGCCCACCACCAGCAGCAGAUCCAGUGGAUCUCUUCGCUCAUCUCGCCCCCUCCCUGAGGAUUCUCGAAACGACCUGUCUCAACGACAGAAUCUAUCUUCUGAAGAGACUGCCCUUCUGGAUGCCGCACGGGGCCAGAGAUUGCUACGGGAUGCUUUAAGGCACGGCCAGCCUGGUCGUCGUCUUCGAAUCCCGCGCGAAUCGUCUCUGCGCUUUGAGAUACCGAACCCUCCAUUCUCCGUGAACGAAUUCUUGAGUCGCACAUCGUCGAAUGACGAUGCGAACAGGCGGCUGCCUCCAGAUGGCAUUCCUUUUACCCGUAGAUUCGCGCCAGCAUUUGCCUUUCAACCCAACACUUCGGGGCAGCCACAGGGCGAAUCGGAUGUGCAAUCAUUCCCGUACUCCCGCUCCGGCACGCCUGGAGGAGAGACAACAAGUGAUAACAGCGCGCGGCGUUCCCGCCCAACAAGCAACCGCCUUACAAACGAGGGAAACGACCGCCUAAGCACGCAGCGUUCGGCUAUCGAUGGAUUAGGAGAUCGCCAACGUAGUGCUAGCCCGGAUGACAUUCAGGACGACGCUUGGGAAACUUUACUUACCACUAUUACGCCAGACGCCAACCUCCCGAGCACCGAUUCCUCUUUUGCGUCAACCGCUGCUUCGGCUUCGGCGAAUCCUAAUGGAAAUCCCGACUCCACUCAAGUAUCCCGCUCUUCUCAAUCACAAUCCAUGCCUUCUGGACCAGCGGCGGCGACGGUGCACAUGAUUUUGGAGCCAUACCCUGAGUUUCUCAACCCUUGCGACUUCCCAGACGACACCACCGGCUCGGACACGGAGGCAGAGUCUGAUUUUGACUUGCGUGCAGCGGAACUGCGAUAUCGCCAUCCCCCGCGGUCUCGCAUGCCUGUUCAUACUCCAGCUAUAGGCUCUACCCAAGAUAGCCAGCCCCCAGUCCCAAGGCUUGACCAGACCGCAAUGCAAACAUCUGUUUCUUCUUUAUUUGAUCAAAACCCGACUUUAGAAGUGAAUUUGCAGGUCAUCAUUGAUCGCCUGGUUCAUAGAGAAGAAGUUCCUGAUGAAUGGUGGACAGGUGUUGGCCUCUCUCGCGAGAUCGGCCUGCGGUUCACCGAAUUCAUUAAUGAUGCCCACACCCGCGUUACUGAGGCGCGCACCCGUGCAAGCGACCAAACAUAAGAAAUUUAAAUGAUUUGUUGUGUUUUUUUUGGCAUAGUAUCAUCUCCCGGCGAGAUCGGCUAUGAAUGGGAUGUUUUGAAUUCGAGCUAGCAUAUGUGAAACCUUUGGUGAAUGGCGUUCAGGCUGUGUCGUCAUUACUACCAUGCAGAAUCUUUUGGUAGCAAGAAAGGUGACAAGAAUAGUGCGCUUAUCCUUUACGCGUUCUGGUUUUCAGGGGUAUAUCGCGAUUUGUGAAAAGAUAUUGUUUAUUAUAUAUGGGCGUUAUUCGGGACGGGUUAUAAUUGUGUAACGGCGCAUAUUUUUGCAGCACACAAAGUGCAGGGUAUCAUUCUUCUUGUACUUAACUUGAUCUAUUUUUACUGAUCUAUUUUUUCUCAAACUAUUCUUAUAACUAGCUAUGCUAGCUGCAAUGACACUUGAGAUGAACAGGCUCUAUAUCUAACAACAA